GAUUGGUCGAUAAGUUGUCUCUUCCAUUCUUUGCCGAGUUGCGCAAAAAUUAGCAUUUUUGACUCUCACUCAUCACGGCUGCCAUGUUUUUUUUCAUGUGGGGUUUGUGUGUAUAAAAUAUAUCAUGUUAAUUUAACCCCAUAUAAACUAUUACAGAUAAAGGGGGUGCACCGAGUGCGUCAUUUGCGAAAAUAGCUAGUGACAAUGCGAUUGCACAUGCACUAGACGCGGUACCGUCUAAAAUCGAACCACAAGCAAAGAAUACGCCAAAGAAAUUAAUGAUGUAUUAGUACGAAGGUAUUCUUAAGGAUCGAUUUUAAUCACACGGCCCACGGCAAUUGUAAAAUGGACCCUCGAUUUUUGAGCCAGAUGAUGGUGUUAGAUAACGGCAGAGAGUAUCCCGGGCAGCAUGCGUAAGCACAAGAGAGAGAGCCAGGCACUUGCCUGCAGGCCCGCCACAUCCCGAGAACGCAACCAGACUCCAAGCUCCUUCAUCUGAUACCCACACAAGCCACACAGAGGAUAUGCAGUGCUCGAUAACAUUGGAAAGAGAUGUAAACGGUGGGAAAAUAGUGAAGAUGGUUAACAAUGUUAAGAAUACUAGCAAAAAGGACUACAAUCUUGACAACAUUGUUGAUCAACAGUGCACAAGAUACCAAGACAUCCAGGAACAAGGUAGCACGCUUCGUGCAGGCAUGCCCACUUGUUCAGUGGACCAGACAGAGGCCGUACGUCGAUAUUACGCUGCUUUCCCGGCGCUAAAGAAAGGGCAAGAGUCGCCGCUGCAGUACUAUCUACCGCCUCCCGCCUGGUGUCGCAAGUCAGACGCAGAUCAAAAAGUCAACAUGCAAAGUGAACUGUCUAUGAUCAGUAAAGAUUGGAACUCCAAGAAGAAGUUAAAGGAACGUCGCAACUCUUACCACGGGCAGAGGAAAAAUAACAAGAAGCGCUGCAAUAGUUACAGUCGGUCUUUUGAAAGUAAGGAGUGUCUGCCGGAGUGGGUCACGCACGAGGGUGUGUGGGAUAUGGACACGCAGGACCCCGUUAAAGAGUUCAUCAGGGCUAUAGCGCUCGACGAGGGCUACGGUACUUGCGAGAACACCGUCACGGACGAACUGAAGGAGAUAGCUCAGGUCAAGUUCAGAUUAAACCAGAACAUGGUGCCGGCGUGGGACGACAGCCUCGAUCUAGAUACCGAGUGGGUCAUAAACGACAACCUCAACCCUAGGGUCCGCACCCCCAUGGAGGACGAGAUGUACGCGAAGUUCGAGGCAAAGUUUGACCGCUCGAUCGAAGCUCUUUGGAAAGAUCAGAAUACUCCAGAUGACGAGUACCAGGAUCUGCCGAUAGACUUUCAGGACCUGUUGUCUUCGCCGUCGGACAACCUGUUCGCGGACCCGUCGGUGGAGAAGAGCAUGAUGUCCUUGACGGAGAGCAUAUGGUCGAAUGCUUCGGAGCGCGAAUCACCGUCGCGGCUGGCGGAGGCGCUGCACGACCGCUUGCGGCCGCUGCAGCUGGCGGAGGCGGAAGCGGAGGCAGAGGUGGGAGCGGUGGCGAUAGCGGACCCGGCCGAUAGCUUCGCAGUCUAUUCCGACGUGGACAUCUACGAUGCGGCCGAGAAUGUGGCCUGCACUAUGCGCUCGCUCACCGCCAUCAACCAUAGCCGCGAUCGCAGCGGCUUCGUCGAGGUACCCCCUUGCUCCCGGCCGCGGCCGCCGCCCUUGCCGCCGGCCGCAGCCCCGGCGGCGGCGGCGGCGGAGCCCGCGCCCUCGCGCCCCGGCUCGGACCUGCUGAGCUCGGCGCGCACGCACUUCCGCCCCAUCGAGCGCGACGCCGGCGCGCGCUACCGCGACGGCGACACCUUCGACAUCCGCGGCGACCUCGACCCCGUGCCCUUCCGCCGCAGCGACUCCGGCGGCGUCUACAUCGAGGGCUCCACGGAGCGCUACCUCGAGUACCGCCAGGACAAGACCAUCGACUACGGCCGCCUCCGCCUCACCGCCGCCCAGCGCUGCCCCGACUUGGACGACGACGCGUUCAAGCUGCGCUUCCCUCUCCGGCAGCGGGACGCCGCCGUCCAGACGGACCGCGCCGAGCUCUGGUGCGAGGACUGCGGCGGCUCCGCUAAGAAGAAGCGCCCGAGCGCGAUGGAGAGCAUCUGGACGUGCGACGUGACCGCCUGCGACUCCUGUCCGGUCGCCGAGCCCGUUCCGAGACCGGCGUUGCCUCCGGACGAGUUGACGCGCGACUGGGAGGAGCUGCUCUCGGACAUAAGCGCGGCGCACGCCGGUUACACGGCGCCGGAGGCCCCGGACCGCAAGCGGAGGCACUCGGCGGCGCUACGCUGCGCCGCCGCGUGCUCUCACCCGCACGCCCGCUUCCUCGCGUGCUGCACGCUCCUCGACCGCCCGCUGACUCGCUAGUUCCACCCCGACGGAAAACUCGGCUACCCUAUGCGGCCCCUAGACUUGAAACGGAACCAUUGAGGACCCAUUGAGAGUAGGAAUUCGAAAAGUACAAAAGCCUGGCCUCGAAAAGCAGAUUACUUAGGCCAAAAUGGAUAUAAAAUCUUGCCGUGAACAUACUAAUUCCUGGGUGUUCUUUUGGUUCCUGUUACAAAUCUACGACAGAAGAAAAUUUUCAAGAGUUGACAUUCAGUUUGAAGCAAUAAGUCUCUGUUACGUGUGUUUUAGUAUUCAGUGUUCAUUAGUAGAGGAAUUCACCUUGCGGGAGUUAUUAAAUUCGCGUUAACGAUUCGAUUACGUAAUGUUCCGGCAGUCGAGUUUCUCGGUGCGGUGUCGAUCCGUGGAACACUCGGCGGCGAAGCGAUUCGCUGUCGAAUGUGGUAGAGUGCAGAUCUUUUGUGAGUAGCAGUUUCGAUUUUUGAUAGCCCCAAUAUCGCAUUGGCGAGGAUACUUUUGAGUGACACUGUUAUACUGUAAAGACCUUUCAUCCGUUUGAAAACAUCAGUAUCCGAGUUGAUGUGAUUUCGGGGCGUCACUCUAGUUAAGUUUCUUUAAAGGAAACCAUCUGCAUUCUGUGUAUAUAUCGCCUUUUAUUCAUCAAGUGUAUUGUUAUUUCGAUAAAUAUCUAUGUGAGAGCAAUUUGACGCGUCCUUGACUGAUGUGGGUGUUUCGACACACUUUCGAGUUGCAUAAUGCGAAGAAAGUUAGCAAUAAAAUAGGAUUAGAGGAGCCUUGAAAGUUGAGUUUACCGGACAGUGUUGCAAGGCUAGACAUGUGCUAACAUAUCUUAUGACUGUAGAUAUUGCGGGAGGAGUUUAAUGUAACAUUAAUUUUAGUUAAACAUUUUCUUUGUAGCGAUUUCAUAUUGAUGUGACGCUGCUCGGUGGAAUGCUCGCGCUCGACGACAUGAUCAACAAUAUUUGGUGUGGAUUGAUUAAUGUGAGAAAAUGUUUCAAAUUUUGCGAUUCAUUUCAAGUAAUUCUCUUACUAAAUUUUGUUUCAGAUUGUUUGUGGCAUAAAGUUAUAGCUGUUCAUAUUUUAAUCGUAGAUUCGUUAUAGUUUAGCUGUCGCAACGCUAACCUGAGCGCUAGCAUUCCACAUCGAGCACAGAGGACGAUUUUAAUAUAAUUCUUACAAUAAUAUCGUCCAAAAUUGUUUAAAAAUUGUUAUUAUAAAGUGUAGGUAAAGCAGCUAUUUUAUUUUUGUUAGUAUUUUUUCGUUUACGUUUUCUGGCGAUCUAAAUUCAAUUUUAAAUGUUGAAACGGUAUAGGAAUAUCGUUCUGUUACUUCGGUCGGAGUCGGAUUGCGUACGCGACGAUACGUCCGCGGUUCGAAGAGAGGAUGGUUUGUUUUAGCGGUUUGUCCAUAUGUCUAAGUUUUAUACGCGGCGAUUUUAUUGAGUAGCCGCAAUAUGUAAUCUUAGGACGGCGGGCCCUUGAGGGAGGGCAGUACCCGGUGUUGUACUUGUAUGUACACACGACGGUCUGCUCGGGGUCGGGGGAGGCCCGCCGGUAGAGGUAACGAGAGGAGGGCGUGCCCGGCGCCCUAUAUGGUUGGUAGGAUUUUUGCGCCGCCCCCGCUUGUAAUUUCCCCACAAUUUUGAACCGAGAAUACCUAUUGUUGGAAGUUUUUUUUCCUUAUGAAAUAAUGGUGCGGCGCUAAUACAAGCGGUGGCGGCAAAUUGUAACAUAAUUUACUGCUAAUAUGAAUUGUAACGGUUCAUAUAGGCGUAACUGUUAUAUUAUAGUUUAUGUAAAGCAUAAGAAGUGCAUGUUAUAUUUUCUUAUAUCCUCAUUUUAUAGAGGGCGGUUCUAGGCGGAGCGUCGGGAGGUACUGACGAGUUUGAUUACGCGGUACGCUUGCCGAGCCCGCGUGUUAGGCCCCGUCAAUACUUUAUUUAUUUCAUUUAAAACCAUGCCUAGUUACAAUUUCAUAAAGGUUAAUGUUUCACGCAGAUUUUGCUACUUUAUAUGUCGUGUUUUUAUAUAUUUUUUUGUAGUGUGAUUUACUUUUGUUUGUAAUAACUGAAAACGAAAAAAUAUAGAAAAAAAACAUUACAAAAUUUCCGUUAGAAAUGCUAAUAAUGUAUAUAUUGUAUACUAUCGUGAAUUUAAUGUGUAGUCUUUUCAGUUUUUAUUAUGUAUGUAUUGUUGUAUGUUUUAUUUGGUUUGUUUGAGUGGUUGAAAUGUCCAGCCGGGACUCACCAUGUCGCGUUUUGGACAUAUCAGGCACUGAAAUAAGCUUCAGAUAAUCUGUUUAUACAUUAACUCAUUAGUAUGGUGGAGUAUUUUUAAAGUCAUUCAACUAAUUAAUUCAUUUCUAUUACGUCACAGUUCAUUGAUUCCAUCAGUUUUAUUUUCUGUCAUAAGUUUAUAUAUUGUACUUAUUAAUAUUCGCUAAACGAUACCUUGAUAAAAAAAAUGUUAAAAAAUCUCAAAAAAAUGUUAUAUAGAGUCAAGUUUGCAUAUUAUAUUAUGUUUGAUUAGAUAUUAAUCUCAUGUAAUGUGCCUAUGCACUUGAUGUCAUGCUUCGUAACACCUCGAAGCGAGUUAAGUUGGUGGCGGCUGAAAAAAGGGGACGCUAUUUGCACGAACACCGAGUUGCUGCCAACUUCGUCGUGUUGUGCCAAUUAACAUUAAAGUUGGCACAACAUAACAUACAGCUUGGCCGUCGAAUUUACUUGCAAACACUUCAUAUUGAACAUACGAGCAUAUCAUCCAGCUUUGAAGUCUGCAAGUGAUUCAAGGACCAAGCUAGUCCCCGAAAUCACUUACACUUACGCCCAACGCGGAAGAGCUUUUCGCCAUAACGUAUCGGUAAUUCGAAAGUUUAACAGUCAGCGAAUUGUUGUACUGAUCUUUGUUUACAUAAUGUUAUCUAUAAUAUGUUUAGUCGAGAGCGACACGAAUUUUCUUCUUCCAUUCGGACACGUAGCUUUCACAGCACACGAUUUAAACCGCCGUGAGCUCUCGACGGUCAAGUCGGCCUGUAACCGAUAGCGGACAGCCUUGGUUACGUGCAUAUUUGUGUACCUGUCGAACUAUUUUUUCCAAGUUUAAAAUCAUUAGAAAUAAAGAUUAUCUUAUAGACCGGGGUAGGAGCAGUCUGCGCAGGGAUUUCACGUCAGGCUUCAUUCGAAGAUUCGCACCGAUCUUGUGCAGUCAGCAGUAGUGUUUACGCAGAAUAACAUUUUAAAAUGAUGUGCACUUGCCGCAUUAUCACAUAGGCAUUAGAGUUAGACCAAGAAAAGUCUGCAGCGAUGUUGAUAGCAGUGCAAGUGUUAUUUAUACGUCAUAAUUUCAUAGAAGUUUGACGUUUAUAAUAACGUGCAAUAAAAUCUUGCUGGCGGAAAAGCGACAUGAUUCGUGUGUAUCGCGUGUGCGUAUGUUGCGACGAAAUUCAUGUGCGGAUUAUUUUGAACACUUUUACGUAGCUUCAUUUACUGCUGAAUGUACCUUUCCUAAAUUAUCAAAUUUACUGCUAAAUCUGUAACAAAAACGCCUUCUGUAUUUUUAAAUCACUUUCUGUACCUUUUGACACCCUAUUUGAUUUUGUAAGUAAAUAUAGAGAUAGAAAGUACUAGUAAUAUCGAAAUGUAAAGUUAAAUUUGUAAGUUUUGGUCUUUAGAUUUUACCUAGGCCUUACGGAAUUCAGUAAAGAUUGUUUAGCAGUGGUAUCCCUGAUAAUAGUUACCAUUUUCAUAAUGUUAGGUUGUGCUCACUACUCUGGUACUUGCCACCUAUGGAAGAAAAUAAAAAAUAAACAAUC